UCUCCGUGGCGGGCGGGGGCUACGCUGACUGUUUUUCAGGCGGCGGCGGCGGAGCGGGAGGGGUGAACCGGGCGACCGAGCAACUGAGCAAGCGACAGGCGACAGCCAUGGCGUUCUGGCAGGCGCGCGAUUUCCUCUUCUGCGGCGUGUGCGGCACCCUCCUGACCUUCGACUCCAUCCGCUCCGCGUCCUGCCCUCUCUGCGGCUUCAAGCGCAAGGCCAAAGAGAUUGAAGGGAAGGAAACACGGUACACCGUCACCGCCGAGGAUAUUCGAAGGGAGCUGAAGAUCGAGCCAUUUGUGACUCUUGAAUCAGCACCAAUGCAGGAGGUGGUUGUGCGAAGACCUAAGACAAGAAGACCCUGUCCGGAGUGCAAUCAUCCAAUAGCUGAAUACUACAGCAGACAAAUGCGUUCAGCAGACGAGGGAGAGACGACAUUCUACGAGUGCAUGAAAUGCCAUCACACGUUCAACAGUUAGAAUGGCAAUCUUAUUGCCCAAGUGGCCAAGUACCAGUGUUACAUGGAAGUGCACACCCGUGCUCUGUGCCAAACUACUUUUGACGGAACCUCAAUGUGCUGAGUAGCCUAUUCCUUGGGUAUAAAUAUGAAUGUGCACGUAUCCAUAGGAAGUGCUACUACUUUCUAAAAGUGAUUGACCUGAAAGCUGCAUUUCUGCAGCGUGCUUGUUGACAUUUGCUGGCUGGUCCAUUUGUUUGUCUUUUAUCUUUCCCUUCUCAGCGUUCUAAACUUAAAACAAUUGAUCUCUUUUGCCAACCCCAACCGGCAAUAUGACUUAUUUAGUUUGAACAAGUUUACCAAAAAA